AUGGUGGGCGGACUACCGGUUAAGAGGCUACACGGCACCGUUAAGGAAGUGUAUCAGGGGAAAUUUAUCGAUCGGUUUCCUGAGCUCCCCGCAGCUGGAAAGUUGAUACCAAUUGGAGAAACUGCUGCUACUUGUCUUACUGAAAUCCUACCCAGACCAAUUACGCCACCUGUUGUAAAAAAGUUUCGAAACACCAGCAAUCCUCCUACAGGUAAAGAAAGAGUAUUUUAUGGCCGAGCAAAUGAUCCUGAUAUUGCAUCAUAUUUGACUCAUGGAAUAACAACCAUCAUUUCAGAGAAUGCAUCAUCAUUAGUUAAUCCACCUCCUAAAACAUAUUUCCAACAAAAAAUUAAAGAAAAGAAAGAAUCUGUCUACUUAAGUAACUGUCAGGCUCCUCUUGGAAAAUCUCAUGAUCAGUCUCUACGAAUGCCUAAAGGAUUGGAUGUGAAUAAUACUCGAUUUGGAACAACAGUCAAACAAGAGAUAUCUGCUGCAGACAUUGUAAAUCCCCGAAAAACAUUUGAUGAAGUCCAAAAGGAAGCACAGGAGGGACAUGACUUAUAUGUUUCAACACACAAUGAUUAUUAUGUUGGAGAGGCAGUGAAUAGAAAAUAUAAUCCAUCCACAUUCAACAGAUUUAAUCUUUAUGGUAAAGAAACACCACAUUUUAAUGAUGGAAGGAAUAUUAGUAGAACUUUACAUUGGUUACAUGAUCUGCAGAUGAAGAAAUCAGCAAAAAUUGUGUCUAAAAUAAGUGAUGAUUUCAAGGAAAAGUUUCAGCCUCAGAUUGGAAAAGUUCAUGAUCCCAUGGCAGAUACGCUUAAUGUUCCUCCAGACCAUACAUUUGGAAUACUUAUUCGGCCUGAAGAAUAUGGUGUUGGGGACCUUCUUCAUAACCGGCUUCCAAGUGAAUAUCUUAAGGGUAAAGACAGAGAACGUGCUGUCUUUACUGCAAUUCGACAAAAUUUGAAAAAGGCAAAUUAUCACAAUUUUGAUACUUUACUGCAAGCAUUUCGUCAUUAUGAUAAGGAUGGUGAUCGAAAAAUAAACAGAGAAGAUUUGAAAAAGGCAUGCUUUCAGCUUAACUUGGAUUUGGAUGAUGAACUUUUGGAUUCUUUAUUUAAUUACUGUGAUUUGGAUGAAGACGGUUUUAUAGACUAUUUGGAGUUUGUAAAUUUUCUUAACUGGAAAGACAAAAUGGCUAUUCAAGAGUAUGAAGAAAAAAUAAUAACAAAAGGGAAAAAAACAGCUCCUUUUGAUCUUAUUCCAGCAAAUGAUUCAGAAAUUAAAGCUAAUGAAAAUGCUCUGCUAAAGCAGGAUGAUAUUGUACCCAUGGAACCAGGAAGUUUAGAAAAAACAUUUAGAACACUGUCAAGACCAACUGAUCGUGUAUUUUCUGAUUAUCGCACAACCUCUUCUCAAUAUAAUGCAGUUGUAGGUGGCAUUCCUUCAUCAUUUUACCCCCUAUUUGGCAUUCCAACCAUUCGUUCAGAUAUUCCAGCUCCUCGUUUUCGCCGUAUCAGUGACACCACUAAUUAUGGGGAUCAAGCAACUAUGUAUGCAUUGUUAUACCCCUCUAUCUAUAAUAAUAAAGGAGUAUAUGAGAAAGAUAUCUUCAGGAUAAGAUCAAAGGAAGAGAUUGCAGACAUUUUGCGCAACAUUGGUGUGAAACUUUCAGAUGAAAGCUUUGAUGAAGUAUGGAGGCAGGCCUGCCUGAAAGAUCACAGAGGAAAAGUUUGUGUAGAAUCCAUCAGAAAUGUACUAGAUGAGAUGGAGGCAUUACACUUGACCAGCUGAUAAGAACUUUCCUUUGAAUUAUGUGAUAUUUAUGGUUGAAUAUUAUCUUACUGCAGUAAAUUUUCCUGUUAUGACAUGUUUUGAGAC